AUGUACUUUGUGUUCUCAAAAGCAGAGGUACAGAGCUCGGCGGAACCGUUUCGGUUCUCGGUGGUCUUGAAGUUUCUGAGGCGAAGGCCAUCGUUGGAUCAAAUCAGAAGCUUUAUUCAAAAUCGUUGGGGUCUGAGAGCUGUUCCAGUGAUUGGGCAGUUAAGGAACCCACGUAAUGUCCUUGUUCGGCUGGUGAUGGAGGAAGAUUUUAUUUCAGUGAUGGCUAGGGGAAACUCUGAAGUGCUGGGCGUUCCGUAUAGGAUAUUCCAUUGGUCCCCUGAUUUUAUUGAGGAAGAAGACUCGCCUUGGGUUCCGGUUUGGGUGUCUUUGCCUGGACUUCCACCAAACUUCUUUCAGGAGUCUAUUUUACGGAGCAUAGGUGAUGGAAUUGGAAAGUUUUUGAAGAGGGAUAAUGCAACGGCCUGUGUAACAUGUCCGGAAGCAACUCGUAUUUGUGUGGAGGUUAAUGUGGCCGGCUCCUUACGAAAAUCAUUCUGGUUGGGUGCUCCACAUGGGGAGACUAGUCACUUCCAAGAAAUCUUCUACGAAUCGGUCCCCAGUUUUUGCUGUUCUUGUCGAAAACAGGGGCACACGGAAGAUAAGUGUAACCGGAUUAGAAUGAGCAAGAGGAAAAAGGAGGUUCAAGGAGGAGGAGGACAGGUUACUUUUGGAAAGGUUGUUUGGAAGGAAAUCGUAUCUGACGGGAAAAAAUCUGCUCAGAAUAAUAGGCAGGUUGAGAAAGGUCAGUGUUCGAUGUCUAGGAGGCAGGUGAUCUUGGAAAAAAUAUCUGAACGGCAAAAGGAGAAGGUUGAAGAGAACGUCCCUAUCAUUUUUAUCUCUCCGCUGGGUAUUGGGUUUGAUCGGGUUGAAGAGCAGGUCUUGGUUACUGAUAUAACGAAGGUGCAGCAGAUGGGUUCUGACAGUUAUGUAGAGCCUCAGGUGGAAAGGAGAGCAGACGGAUGCAUUCGAGAAAAGGGGUUGGAGCAGGAGGGGGUGCUGGAAAUUUUGUUGCCGAUCCACUCACCGUAUAGGAGUCCAGCAAAAUGGAGUGAUGUGGAGGAUGAUAAGUCUUCAGAUUCAGGUUUGGAGGCUCUGCACAGUUCUAACACUUCAGCGCCGAGAAGUAUUUUGAGAAUGAUAGAUGAGUCUUUAGAAUUUGAGCUUGGGGGUAUGGAUAGAGAUGGAGAUUUUUUGGUUUCGGAAAGGUUAGAGCCAAGGGAUUAUGGCCGAGCGGGGUCGGAAGGUGAUCAAGAUGAUGAGUUAAAUGAACUGGCUGUAAAGGCUUUUGAAUCAGAUCCAGACAUGCAUGUACCUCUAAAAAAGGUAAAGGGGUUGAGAAAAGAAAAAUCUGUUGUUGCGUUGGAACGGCGUACACGUUCCAAAAAAUUUCUUUGA